CCUGUGUGCUCCCCAGGUGUGGCCGAGCUGGCGUCCCUGCCGUCACUGAAGAGCCUGGAGCUGUCUGAGUGUACCCACCUGACUGGGGCCCCGCUGGUCAAGGGCCUCUCGGGCCCCAGGGCGGCCCACCUGGAGAGUCUGGCCCUCAGGAGCUGCACCAGCAUCAGAGAUGUGGAGAUGUCCUCCUUGGCCCAGCUGUGUGGCGGCAGCCUGCAGCAGCUGGACCUGACCUCGUGCGUCUACCUGACGGACCUCUCUGUGAACGCCAUCGCCACCUACCUGCACCGGCUGGUGGUGCUGCGGCUGGGCUGGUGCAAGGAGAUCACCGACUGGGGACUGCUGGGGCAGAAGACCCCCACCAGAGAGAGAGAGUCAGAGGGGGAGACGGGUCCCUGCUUCACCAGGACCUUCGGCAACAUGGGCUUCUUCCGGCCCCCCAAGAGUCCGUUCCCGGCGCGGCCCGUGGCGGGCGAGCCGGCCCCCCCUGUGGAGCAGAGCGGGGCCGGCCUGCUGGCCCUCAGCCAGCUCCAAGUUCUGGACCUGACCGCCUGCUGCCUGCUCACCGACACCAGCAUCGCACAGGUGCUGUGUCAUCCAGAACUCCAACGCUUGUCUCUGUCUCUACUGACCGAAAUCAGUGACGCUAGCCUGGCCGCAGUCGCCAGGAACUGCCCCAGCCUGACCAGUCUGUCACUCAGCCACUGUAGACGAAUCACAGAUGCAGGGGUAGCCAAGGCCACGCCCUACUUGGGCAGACUGCAGCACCUCUCGCUCUCACACUGUGAGAACCUCACAGACAGAUCCCUGCUAUGCCUGGUGCAGCACUGCAGGAGGUUGAGGACGUUGGAUGUCUCGGUGUGCAAAGGAAUCUCCAUCAGCGCCGUGGACCGCCUCCACUCACAACUCACCUUCUUGGAAAAUGUCAACUGCCGUUUUGUGGGCGGGGUUGACCUCACUCUUACCCUUUGAUUGGCCAGCCCCCGUUGUAUUUAUUUUUUCUUCUAGCUAUUCAGGGUCGCAACAAAACUCUCUUCCGCUCCAGAAUUGAAGCGUUAUCAUACAAUAUGGUAGGUUUCCGCGAACCACCAAAACCUGGAAAGUCAGAUAAAUUUGUAAAACCUGUAGCUGUGCUUUUGAGCUCAUGUAUGGCUUAUGUCUUAUUUAUUGUCAUGUCUUCUCAAUGUAUGCCCGGAGAUGUAUUUUUGACCAAAUAGUCGUGAAUAUUUUUACAUUUUAAGUUAUCUACAUGUAUUAAUGUUAAAAAUAUCCAAAUGUAAUUUAAUGUAGCUACAUGGUCAUUCCUUCAUUAAAAAAAAGUGUAUUUCUAUA